AUGGGACUUUCACGAUUAAAUCGUAUUAUAGCAGUUAUUGCUCUCAUAUUUGCUGUUGUCUAUGGAUGGAAUUAUUUAUUUGAUGCUCGACGUCCACCAUGUUAUACAGUUGAUGUAAAAUAUUUUGGCGCAAAUAUUCCAUCAUCAAAUGAUGUAGAAGAUUUUUCAAUAAAACCAUUUAAAAUUCCAUUUGAACGAUCACAAGUUGAUGAUAUGAUUGAUCGAGUACGUAAAACACGUUUUUAUGAACCACAAAUAUUGGUUGAUAAUCGAAAUACAAAUAAAUCUACAUAUGGUUUCAAUCGUCAAACAGCUGAAAGUAUUCAAGAUUAUUUAAUUAAUACUUAUGAUUGGAAAAAAACUGUUCAAGAAUUAAACAAUUUUGAUCAUUAUAAAACAAAUAUUGCUGGUUUAGAUAUUCAUUUUGUUCGUAUAACACAUAAUUCGCAAAGAAAUGAAAAAAAAGAUGCAAUUUUAUUUUUACAUGGUUGGCCAGGUUCAUUUCUUGAAUAUCUUGAUGUUGCUCGUCUUUUAAAUUCAUCUACAAUCAAUAAUUAUGAUUUAAUCAUUCCAUCAUUACCUGGUUAUGGUUAUUCAGAUGCACCUGUUCGUGCAGGAAUGAGCCCAAUACAAAUAGCUCGUAUUAUGCAAAGUUUAAUGCAACGUCUUGGUCAUAGUUCAUACGUUGUAUGUGGUGGUGAUUGGGGAGCUAUCAUUGGUACAAAUAUUGCACAAUUAUAUCCUGGUCAUGUUCGAGGACUUUUAAUAACAAUGGUUGCACCAGCUUUAACAUGGAAACAUUAUAUACAUUUAGCACUUGCUCAUUAUAUUAAUCCAUCGAUUUUACUCGAUUAUGAUGAACAAGAAUAUUUAGGAAAACGUUUUGAUGCUUCACAAUAUCUCAAAUUUAUGUGGCAAGAAGGUGGUUAUUUUCAUUUACAAGCUACAAAACCAGAUACAAUUGGCUAUGCACUUAAUGAUUCACCACUUGGUUUAGCUACUUAUAUAUUGGAAAAAUGGUCUCGUUGGAGUAAUACACAAAAUGAUGUUGAUCAAUCAAUGAAUUCUGGUUUAGAUCGUUUUACACUUGAUCAACUUCUCUCCAAUGUUAUGUUAUAUUGGACAACAGGAACAAUAACUUCAUCAAUGCGUCUUUAUUUCGAAUAUUUUGCUUCAAUUUCAUCUGGUCAUAAUGAUAAAAUUCUUAAUGGUCCAUUAGCUGCUUCAGUUCCUGUUGCUAUUCUUAAUUUUCGUAAUGAAUUAGCUUAUUUACCACGUUCAAUUGUACGAGCUAAAUAUCCAAAUAUUAAAUUAUGGGUAUUUCAUAAUUCAGGUGGACAUUUUGCUUCCAUUGAAAAACCUCAAGAAUAUUAUCGUGACGUUGAAAAAUUUUUAUUACAACUUUAA